CUUGCAUUUGACCAUUAUCUUUUAGUUAUCUGAGGUUUUCAGAGACGUAUUUGCAAACACAUAAAAACUCAACCGCCCCUCACACUCAUCAGUUGCUCUCAAACUUACCAGUUGUUACCAUGAAGCCUUUAGUCUUCCUCUUUGCCUUCAUUGGUCUCGCCUUGGCUGAAGACUUUCAAUGCUACUCUUGCAAAAACUCUGAAGGGGGCUGGAUUGAUUGUGGAGAAUCCGAAGGGACACUUGAGAAGUGCUCUGCAGUCAUUCAAACUUGCGCAGCUUUACGAAUUGUCAACAAGGAUGACAAGACCAUGGUUAUGAAAGGCUGUAUCCCUGGUGAGGAACCCACGACUGGUGCCCUUUUCUCUGAAGUGAAGAAAUUUGCGGGCGAGGCCUUUUCUGCCCUCGAGAUUGACGGAUGUUUCGACAUUCACGAUGGAGAUGCUAUCAAG